AUGAUGUCUUGGACUCGCCAGCACCUUCUUCUAGCUAAGGGCGAGCAGAAAGAGCAGUGGGAGCCUCGCGCGAAAGCUGUAGUGUUCAUAGAACAAAUGGUGUCAGCAGUUGUUCCAUUCGAAGAAGCGAAUUUAGGGCGAGAACUUGGUUCCUACAGUAAUCCGGCUGUGGGUCAUGGUUCGAAGGCGAUGCGGCAGGGCUAG